CAAAAAUCAUACAAAUUCGACUACGUAUUUAAGCCAGACAGUACUCAAGAUCAAGUAUUUAAAAACGUAGCAUCUGAUCUAGUAGAUCGGUUUAUACAAGGUUACAAUGUUACUAUUCUUGCCUAUGGUCAAACAUCCUCCGGAAAAACCUACACAAUGGGCACUGCCCCAGCCAAUGAACUUCAAGACCGGGAACAAGAAGUAUCGAUGAUCAUCCCACCCUCUAGACGUGCCUCCAGCUCUACAUUAAGUGAAAACAGCAAAGCACCACGCCAAACAGUACACGUGUCCUUUGUGGAGAUUUACAACGAGGAAUUGAUCGAUUUGCUUAAUCAAGCACCAGCUUCGGAAAGACCCUCUGUAACUAUCCGCGAAGACACAAAAGGUCAUAUCGUCUGUACUGGUAUCAAAGAAAUGGCUGUAACUUCAACUGAAGAUGUAUUAAAAUACCUUCAAAUGGGUACCCAAAACCGUGCCACAAGUGCCACAGAUAUGAAUGCCAAAUCCUCGCGAUCGCAUGCCAUAUUUACUGUACUACUAAAACAAGAAAAAUGGGUCCCCAAGUGGGUCAUCACAAACUCAAAGUUCCACUUUGUGGAUCUGGCAGGUUCCGAACGACUGAAGCGGACGGCCGCUCAGGGAGAUCGCCGCAAAGAAGGAAUCCACAUCAAUGCAGGCUUGCUUGCGUUGGGAAACGUAAUUUCGGCCCUUUCGGAGACCCCAAAGAAGUCGCUUCAUGUUCCUUACCGAGACUCAAAGCUCACGCGUCUCUUGCAAGACUCGCUCGGUGGAAACGCGACCACGCUUAUGAUCGCAUGCGUGAGUCCGACUGACAGCAACUUAACCGAGACAGUCAACACCAUCAAGUAUGCUCACAGAACCCGAAGCAUCAAAAACAAAUCAGAGCGAAACGAGACCGAG